AUGCACGGGGGGAGGCAGCAGCUGGAGGAUCGGCUCCCGUCUCCUCUGACAGCGCAGCGGCAUAUGGCACGGCCCAGUGAAGGAUGGGCCCUGUCACCCGCCAAAUGUGUGAAGAAGCACAGUUUGUUCCCUCUUGUGUCAGCGACGCCCGUGGAUGACCUCCUCACCGUGAAGAAGGCCACCCACCGCCAAUGCAACUGUCUGGCCCUCGCCGCACACCCGCUCUCCGCUCACUUCUCAGCACCAAUUUAA